CGUAUUUCCUGGAGCCCUUAUAUCUCGUGCCACUGGGUCUCUGUAUACAUUUCUGUUUCUCCCUCCUCACGGCUUCGAGUCGCUCUAUAACAUACGACAAUGUCACUGAUAAAGAAAUCCAUCAAGGUACUACAGGUGCCGACAGAGCCCGGUCUCACGACGGCGGAGUUGAUGUUAACAAAUGAUGAUCUAAGGCCAGUCGAACCCGAGCGUCGCCAAUGGAGAUGGCUGAACUUCGUAGCGUUCUGGAUUGCCGAUUCGUUGAAUGUUAACACGUGGAUGAUCACCUCGUCCAUGAUUGUGGAUGGACUCUCCUGGUGGCAGGCCUGGCUCUGCGUCUGGGUCGGCUAUACAAUAUCGGGUAUCUUUGUGAUUGCCAUGGGCCGUAUUGCAACCAUCUACCACAUUCCAUUCGCAGUAGCCAACCGAGCAUCCUUUGGCAUAUGGGGUUCCUUUUGGCCGAUUCUAAAUCGCGCGGCCAUGGCGGUCAUUUGGUAUGGCGUGCAGGUAUGUUAUGUGAUUCUUUUCUUUUGCUCGAUGAUGACGAACUUUGGUGUAGGGCAAUGUGUGACUUUGAUGAUCCAGGCCAUUUGGCCCAGCUACGUUAACAUCCCAAAUCACAUCCCGGCCAGUGCAGGCGUCACCACCAUGGAGUUCACCAGCUUCUUUCUGUUCUGGCUGGGGUCACUGCCCGCCCUUUGGUUUCCGAUCUAUAAGAUCCGACACCUCUUUACGGUGAAAGCUUACUUUUCACCUGCCUGCGCGAUCGCGUUCUUCGUGUGGGCGAUUGUGCGUGCUCAUGGCAUGGGCCCUAUCAUCCAUCAGCCCAAUACUGCGCAAGGGAGCGUGUUGGCAUGGGCUUUCGUGAAGAGCAUUAUGAACUGCAUUGCCAAUUUCGCCGCUUUGAUUAUCAAUAACCCUGACUUUAGCCGAUAUGCACGCCAGCCGAAGGAUGCGGUAUGGCCACAAUUGAUCACGAUCCCAGUCGGCUUUGCCGUGACGUCGUUUAUUGGGAUCGUGGUCACUUCAUCCUCAUCAGUGAUCUUUGGCCAAGCAGUCUGGAAUCCUCUCACUCUGCUCGGGAUGUUCUUGGAGAACGCCAGUUCGGCAGAACGGUUCGGGGUGUUUGUCAUCGCCGCGGGCUUCGCGUUGGCUCAACUAGGAACGAACAUUGCAGCCAACUCUGUAUCGGCUGGAACAAACCUCUCGGCCUUACUCCCUCGGUUUUGCACCAUUCGCCGAGGGGCCUAUGUGUGUGCCGCUAUUGGUCUCGCUAUGUGCCCGUGGAAUUUGGUAGCUUCCUCUAACAAAUUCACAGUCUACUUGUCAUCGUAUUCGGUAUUUCUCUCGUCGAUCGCCGGGGUCAUGGUCAGCGACUACUACCUGGUCCGGCGAGGCUACCUUGACAUCCAAGCGCUAUAUAGCGCCGAAAGGCACGGCCCUUACUAUGGAACCUGUGGUAUCUCCUGGAGGGGCUAUACGGCUUACAUAUGCGGCAUCCUGAUCAAUAUCGUUGGGUUUGCUGGCGCCGUUGGCGCAAAAGUACCGGUGGCGGCGGAAUAUAUCUACAACAUCAAUUAUCUGUCAGGGUUCUUGGUGGCUGGUGCGAUAUACUGGGCCUUGGCAAAGGCUUUCCCCAUUCCAUGCACUAGUGACACCUGGAACGAGGUACCCUAUUGUGGGGAGGCUAUGCCUUCUGGAGACAAGGUUAUCGCGGAGGCGGAAGAGGUGGAGGAUGUAAAAAGAAAUGUGUAAGGAGCCUCGCGACAUGGUACCGGUGGAUGCUAUUUUUCGAGCUUUGGAUAUAUGAUAUAGCACUCGGAUCCGUCUUUCGUU